AAUCUGGUUGACUCCAUUUUGAAUAAAACUCUGCUGUAUCAAACUCCAUCAAGUGUCAAACCUGGCAGGAUGAGCUUCAAUUCAUUGCCCGUGGAGCUGGCCGAUCUCCUCGCGGAUUACUGCACCCCCCACCAACUCUCGCGUCUGUCUCGCGUUAAUCACGCGUUCCACGCUAUUUUUAACCCCAUCCUCUACAAGCGCAAUGGUGCUGUUACUGGUUUACCAUCUUGUUAUCCAUGGACCCUCGAACACGAUCCAAAAUACUGCGGGCAAUGCCCCGUUGAUAAGGCCUCAAGAUCAUGCCUUCAUUGGGCCGUCGAUCACGACUCACUCUCUACAAUCGAGCUGGCCGUUGCUUAUGGCUCCGAUAUCAACAAGAUCAACGACGUUGCCGACUACGUCCCCUAUGAGGCAGAUAGCGCUUCUAUUGCUAUUUGUGGGCCCAUCAUUCGAGUGCAGCUCGCAACGCCACUGCAUCUUGCCAUCUUUCAGAAGCGCUUCGAGAUUGUACGAUGGCUUCUUGACAAUGGUGCUCAUACGGAUGAAGGACCAGAUAAGCUCUGCAAUUGCGGGAGUUAUGGAAGAGUAGGCAAUACGCAUCGUUGGCUACCACUACACUAUGCCAUACGCCACAGCACCCAUGAAAUCUUCCAGUUGCUGCUGGAGCGAGACGUUAUUUACUCUGCGAUAUCCGAUGACGGAAAAAUCCCGGGGCUUCAUUGUGCUAUCGCAAAAGGGUCUCUUUCUGCGAUUGAUGCAUUCAUUCAGCACAAGAGUCUUAGUCCUAAUUAUCGAGACGCCAAGGGCCAGACACCACUUCAUUGGGUCAAACGUUGCAAUAAUCAGGACGUAGCCUGUGCGAUGGUCGGGAAGCUAGUCCAGUGGGGUGUUCCUCUAGACGCGGAAGCUAAAGGUCAGUGGAGAGAUUGGUAUGGCGGCACAGCCUUGACUGUCCUUAUCAGAAGGAGAAAGUUUGAACCUGCCGUUACACUACUGCAGCUUGGGGCCGAUCCGAUGAUACAACAGGGUGAAGAUGGGUGCCUGCGGCUGUUGGAGCACUGCAUCAUUGGCCGUUACAGAGAAAAUAUUGAUAAGUGCUCGCCAGAUCGCGCGGAGAGAAGGAGAGAGACCGGGUUGCGUUUGCUGAACCUCCUGAUCCAAAAGGGAGUUGAUCCUGGCAGACCCCGUAAUCCAGACAGCCAGGAUGUACCAAGACCGCUGUACUCCGCACUCGUCGCGACCAGAGACGCGCGGUACAUGCAGGUCCUUCUCGACGCUGGAGGAAUGGCCCGGGAAGCUAUCGAUGAGAAUCACCACGAUACUCUGCUCCGAGACUUUUUCGACAUGGUGGCGAAUGACAUGGCAAUGGACUCAUCUCUCCCAGAGAUGAGAGAGGAAGUUGAAUCGCGCAAAGAGUCAGUACGUCUGCUUCUCGAUAGGGGGGCUCGAAUAGACUCAAGAGACGGCCAAUACUCAGCGUUGAGCAAAGCGUGUGAGAUUGAACAGGGUUUUGGGAUACUCAGCUUUCUCAUUGAGAAUGCAACUUGCAGGAAUACAGAAGUGGAAUAUGUUGUUACUUUAAGGGAUACGUAUAUGCGGGAUGAACCCUUAUGGAAGAAACUGGAUCGGUUCUAUCAUAAGUUGGUGGCCGAGAACGGUGAUCGAGAACAAACACAUAGUACUAAUGAAUCUGCAUGAAAAGAGCGUAUUCAUAUAACUACAUGCGGACUAUUCAUUCUUAUAUAUGUAUAGAACCAUUUGACUCGUGUGGGGAGAAGAAUGCUGUGCAGUGGAGCUCUCAGAAGCCCAAGUAUAUCCAGCUAAACUGAAGGUUGAGAAACGCAAUAAUGACGCUACCCAAGUGACUUCUCCGCGGAUGAAGAAACAGGUUCCAUUCCCUCUUAAAAGAACGCAAAUACCUUGGUACAUUAAUUCCACAUAAACCUCACAUUUCAAG